GAACAAACGACGAAGCAGUCGGAAGGUUAUUGGCGUUGCACCUCGGCAGACAGAUCGCACAAGGCAGGCGGCGGAGGGGCCGAAGCGGCGGAACAGCCGUUGUCCGUGUGUGACGGUUGGCUGUGGGUGACGGUUGACACAUGGCCGGUGUCCACGUGGCCGGUGUCCGCGCGCUGUACAAGCGGCUGCUGCGCCUCCACCGCCGGCUGCCCGGCGACCUGCGCGGCCUGGGCGACCGCUACGUCAAGGACGAGUUCAGAAAGAGCAAGACAGCCGAAGCGUCGGAAACGGCGCGUUUCAUGGAGGAGUGGCAGGCAUAUGCAGAUGUACUGCAGAUACAGAUUAAGGAGAGGGAGAUAACGCAGAAGGUUCGAUAUGGAGCCAAUCUCACAACAAAUGAAUUGCAAAGGUUUAAUGAAGAUCAAAUUGGACAACUAUAUGAACUGAUGCAAGAAGCCACAAAACCUGAUUACCAGUUAAUUACUGAAAAUGACCCUCAUCGGAAGAAGUAAUUUAACAACUGCCACAACAAGAAAAACUGAAGAAACCAGAGAACUGAAUCGUUAAUUCUUGUUCUGUCAUCAGAAACAAUGAUCUAUAAAAUUUAAAGCAUUUUUAGUUUGAAUGUUUAACUAUGGUCCCAUUUUAUUCCAAAAGGUGAAUAGAGAAACAGUUUCACUGGAUUUAGGAACAUUUAUUUCAGAAAACUAAAAAAUAAAUCGGUAUUAUAUAAACAA